GUUCGAGAAACUUGACAUAUCACGGCACGAACCUCUUACUUAUCCCCGGAGAUAUCCUUUCUCGCUAGAUGAAGGAUCUCGGUUCGUUCUCCGAGUCUUUCUUUACUGCUAUUUCGCUACUCGCUAGGGUCAUCGCCAUCUUACCCCCAUUCUAUAGCUGUACUCUGCCAUUUCCCCACCGUCAGGCGUUCGCGGGACUACUUAGUUUCCAAUGCUUCAUUCUAAAUCAGCAUUUUUGGGUGAGCGAACCCUCUUCAUGUUCCAAGGGGACACACUAUUUCCGUCAUCUUAGCCAGUUCAAAGCACAUGUCAAUGACGUUUUCUUUUCGCUCCACCUCAAGCUUCUCCAUGUCUACAAGUGGCGGUGGGAGGAUCAUCUUCAGAUGAGUCUCUUCAAGGUGGCGAAGCAACGUUCGCUCUGUGUAUUCUUUGUGGUGUGAAAGUGUCAUCUUCUCCCAGGCUUUGCGAGGACACAUAACGUUAGAUUGGAACCAAUGUAUUUCGUAUGCCAACUUCGACACGCAUGCGUCUACACAAUGCAGUGAAAAAAUGAUACCCAUUUCUACGUACAAAUUGCAACAGUGCAAUCUUCCAUGCCGAUUCUCCUAGCGCAGACCCAUAGACCUAUAGCUCUGCUACUCGACUCAUCCAUGAACG